AUGUCCACCUUCCGCCAGGAGAGUGUGGAGGAUUUCUAUGAGAUGGGGGAAGAGCUUGGCAGUGGACAGUUUGCCAUCGUGAGGAAGUGCCGGGAGAGGAAAACGGGCGUGGAAUACGCUGCCAAGUUCAUCAAGAAGCGUCGCCUGUCGUCGAGCCGCAGGGGCGUGAGCCGCGAGGAGAUCGAGCGCGAGGUGAACAUCCUACGGGAGAUCCAGCACCCCAACAUCAUCACCCUGCACGACAUCUUUGAGAACAAGACUGACGUGGUGCUGAUCCUGGAGCUGGUGUCAGGAGGAGAACUCUUCGACUUCCUGGCGGAGAAGGAGUCGCUGACGGAGGAGGAGGCCACGCAGUUCCUCAAGCAGAUCUUGGAUGGGGUACACUACCUGCACUCCAAGCACAUCGCACACUUCGACCUGAAGCCAGAGAACAUCAUGCUGCUGGACAAGAACGUGCCCAACCCUCGCAUCAAACUCAUCGACUUCGGCAUCGCCCACAAGAUCGAGGCUGGCAAUGAGUUCAAGAACAUCUUUGGCACCCCAGAGUUUGUUGCCCCAGAAAUUGUGAACUAUGAGCCCCUGGGGCUGGAGGCUGAUAUGUGGAGCAUUGGGGUCAUCACAUACAUCCUGCUGAGUGGAGCCUCUCCCUUCCUGGGGGAGACAAAGCAGGAGACACUGACCAACAUCUCUGCUGUCAACUAUGACUUCGAUGAGGAGUAUUUCAGCAACACCAGUGAGCUGGCCAAGGACUUCAUCCGCCGCCUGCUCGUCAAGGACCCCAAGAAACGUAUGACCAUCGCCCAGAGCCUGGAGCACUCUUGGAUAAAGGUCAUCAAGAGGAGGAACGUCCGUAACGAGGACAGUGGCAAGAAGCCCGAGCGGCGCCGGCUGAAGACCACGCGCCUCAAGGAGUACACCAUCAAGUCCCACUCCAGCAUGCCCCCAAACAACACCUACAUCAACUUCGAGCGCUUCUCCAAGGUCAUGGAGGAGGUGGCUGCGGCCGAGGAGAGCCUCCGAGAGCUGGAGAGGAACAAGAAGUCCUUCCAGGAGGACAUCGAGGCCCUGCUGUCCAUCUAUGAGGAGAAGGAGUCGUGGUACAAGGAGGAGAACGAGAGCAUCAGCCAAGACCUGCGGCAGAUCCGGCAGGAGCUGCAGAAGACGGAGGCGCUGAAGAAACAGGCUCAGGAGGAGACCAGGAACGUGGUGCAGGCAGCCAACGGCCUCAAGCGCCGCUACAGGAAGCUGGAGAACCACUACGAGGCCUUGGCCAAGCAAGUGGCCUCAGAGAUGAAGUUUGUCCAGGAGCUGGUGAGGUCCAUCGAGAGGGAGAAGCUGCAGAGCAGCGAAGGCGACGGCAGCAUCCGCUAG